AUGGAGGUGAGUGAGGGGGAAAGCGACGAAGAUGACGAGGACGACGCUGACGAUGAGGACGACAGUUGGAAUGACGAUGACGAAAACUACCUGUCGAACUCGCUGUCCGCGCUCAACGAGGGGGAGGCGGAAGAUAACGAACGGGUGCGGGGUACGCGAACGGACUUGGAGGUCCCCAUCGCGGACUGGAACAGGCUUGGCGUGGACGACACGCCGGCCGCGAAAAGAGAGGUGUGCAUGGGCAUCCUCUACGGUGUCUCGGAGGCCACGCUGAAGAAAUAUCGCGGUUGGGCAAGAGAGUACAAGCUCUUCAUGGCGCAAGAGCUGCCAAAACUGGACGCGAAUAGGUUCGGUGAGGAGGCCGCGUUGGAAAACGCGAACCCCGACGAGAUCGGGGCCGCGCUCGAGCAGAACAUGGGUAGUGACUGGAAGAUGGCCAAGGGCGACGAGCAGUGGUUCCACGGCCCUGAGACGAAUCCGUGGAGGUUACGCAAAUACGUGACCUUCCUCGCGAACGAGACGGUCGCACAGGCGGACAGGAUGGCCACGCUCAAGCGGCCCAACAAGACCUUGAAGAAGAGACGCCAGUGCUCCCCUGCAAUGCUGAUGGGGCGUCUCAAGGCUCUGAACAUGCUCAUCAAGCUGGACGGGGCCAUCUUCAGGAAGCCCGUGCUGAAUUUGUUGCGCGACUUUGCGGAGUGUCGCAUCUGGGUCCGCGUUCAAGUACGCGACCAAUACAAGCGGUUUAUCUCGGAACACAUGGAUCGCCAUCGGGGCACGGCCGCGGACACGUACAACCCGGACGAGUUCAAGAAGAUGAUGCGGAAGACCAGCAUGGCCGCAAUCUUGAGCAGCUUCACACUAGCCAAGCAACAGUACAUCCAGGCACUGCAUCGCGACCUCUGCAUCCGCACGAUGACCGUCCUCGGUCAUCACACACUAGCCCGCGGCUGCACGAUCAGAAACCUCCAGCUUCCAGACAUGAUGAUGUGGAAGCUCGGCGCAAAAUCCGAGACGGAUCCAGUGCGGAAAGCGUUCGCGUUUGUCUGCGCGUGCAGGACGGGCAAGACAAACAAGGACUUCUCGCUCAACUACAUCUCGGCAGUGAGACACAUAGACUGGACUCUGUGCGCGGUCGGAGCCACGCUGCUAUGGCUGCACUGGGUGUACGACUUGGUCCCCAUCCUCUACGGGGACAUAGCCCCCCCUCUCGACUUCACGGAACCCUCGACGUGGGCUGGGGGGGCGCAGCACGCGUCCGCGGACGGAAUGCCCUCCGAUCAGCUGGCGAGACUGGGGGGGUGGCGCUUCAUCGACGUGAUGACUAAGCACUACCUCACAACUAUUCCGAGGGAGGCCGUGCUCCUGAAGGCUGGCUUCACAGGGGUUGAUGGUGACUACUUCCAGGGUCGCGCAGCUGUACCGCCGAGCGAGGCGCUGGAGAAGCUGCUGAGGAAGCACAUUUUCCCCUGGGCCGCCGGGGAUAAAGGGCAGAAACAGUGCCAUGAUUACAACAGCAAGAUGGUCAAAGAGAAGAAGCCGGAGAAGCAGGACACCGCGGGGCUAAACAUACUGAAGGAGCUGGAUGGCGAGGCUAGGAUGGCGGUCGCACAAGACCUGGCCAUGUAUUACAUACACCAGCCGCGACACCCGUACGUGGUCAACAACCCGCUCUGCCAGACAGAGGAAUUUGCGCGGUGGGCAGCAGAUGUCUCAUUGGCAAAUCAGCUGGCCAUAGUUCAGCCGGACAACACAAGGCUGGGCGUAGAGCUGGCCGCGACCCAGAGACGGGUGAAAGAGCUGGAGGGGCUGCUGGAAGAUCGCGACCGGAGGCUGGCUGAGAAGGACGAGCGCGUGAAUGACCUGGAAGCCCAGCUGUCGCGUCUCACCGUGAGCAGCUCAGGGCCGACCGCGGAUCCGAGUCCGGCAAACACUUCCGGAGCCGCGGCCGCGCCUACCAAUUCCGCAACCCCCACCGACCAGGGGACGCGUAAGAAACCAGCACAGCCGACCAGGGAAGAGACAAUUCGAGACGCGAUCAUGAAACCAUGGGUCAACGCGACCAAGCCGUCGGAUGGAUGGAAGCUGUACAGGUCCACGCACGCGCUGGUCGGCGAGAGUCCAGAGUCGCUCCUGGCCCAACCCCGCGGUGCAGUUACGCGAAUGGCCGAGCUGAUUGGGAAGGAGGGAGGCGGCCAGAACGCGAUAAACCGUGUAAAGCGAGUCAUGGACUUCAUCUCCCGCAGGGUGGAGCAGGGAGACAACGUCGCGGUCGUGCUCGACAAGCUCGACCUCGUGUCUCAAGCUGUGGGCAUGUCGGGUGUGUCGGAAGGGAUCGCGGUGAAGAAGAAGAGUGUUGACCUGAACCUGAGCGAGCUGAAGAAGGGUUCCCCGGCGGAGGUGCAGUUGCGGGUGAAAUGGAUGCUUGUACGCGACCGCUUCAUCGAUGCCUCUCUUCCUGCGUCAGAGUUCCCGACCGCGUGGCCUCAGUACUGUGCCCAGAUGCCUCCGUUAGCUUAG